AUGCCUGCAUUAUCCAACCCCCCCUCUUCCCCUCGUCUGCCUCCACAACAGCGUUCCGAUGGGGCGAGACUACGAUUGGACUCAGACGCUAACAUUCGCAACUUUGCUCCAGUCGCUCGUAUCAUGAAAACAGCCCUGCCCGAGAACGCGAAGAUUGCCAAGGAGGCGAAGGAAUGCAUGCAAGAAUGUGUCAGCGAGUUCAUCUCCUUCAUCACCAGCGAAGCAUCGGAGAAAUGCCAACAGGAGAAGCGUAAGACGGUCAAUGGAGAGGAUAUCCUGUUCGCCAUGACCUCGCUGGGCUUCGAAAACUACGGCGAAGCACUCAAGAUCUAUCUCGCCCGGUACCGCGAGGUGAGUACAGCUCAACUUCUCAUGCCCACAAGCAAUAUAUUUAUCCCCUCCGGGCACUGA